CCGUUUCGGUUGUGGAGUUCAUAUCAAUAAUAAAUAUUAUUCAAUUAUAAACAAUAAAACUUUAUAUUCAUUGGCAUUUGUAAUUUGGAAAUAUUUAUUUUUUUACUUCAUGCCAAUAGAAACAUUUUUUCUUUUAUUUACUAAAAAUGACAAAAGGGAGAAAUCUCAAAGCAGGCGAAAGAAGAAGAUUUACUGAAAGUUCAAUGUAAACUAAAGGAUAGUUCUGGUUGUUCCUUUCACGCUGCAGUUCUUUUGAACUAGACGGACAGACAUCGCUCAAUUUUUUGGGGGCGUAUUGAAAAAUAUGUUGGAUAUUGGAAAGUCGACAACCAAGCCAUUCAUUUAUAAUUACAAGGACCAAGAAGGUUCUUGCAAGAAUGUGUCGUUAGAUAUUCGUAUACCAUACGAUGAUUGUUUGGAUGAAUUGGUGACUCAGGUCUUGUCCAAAAUGGAUCCGAUGAUGAGGUUCUUGGACGAAAAUGCUGCCAUUAAACGCGGUCUGAAGGAGUUUAUUGAUGUUGAAAACCAAAAAUUUCGGGAUGAAUAUGCUGAUGAGCUACUGGAAAAGGUUCGAAAUAAUGACAUCGAUGUUGAGGAAAUCAUACGGGAUACCGAACGUCACUACAAGGAGGAGCUCAUACAAUUUGCAGACCGUAUUGGGCCAACAGAUGAAGAUAUAUUUGCCCAAAGUUUUCAUCGUCUGGUACACUCUUCCCAACUGGAAGAGAUCCUGAAGAAAGAGCGAGCAUAUGCUAAAGUUAUUGCAAGUAUUACCAAAGAAAUGGAUAAAGAGGUUGAAACGCUGAACAAUUCACAACAAGAAGAAAUGGAAUCGAAAAUUAAUCAGCUAGAUAUAACCACCACGCCGGAGGACAUAAACAAUCUAUUGGCCCAACAAUAUUCUACACAGAAUUUUGUUCGUAAACGCUAUGAAUCAGAAUUGGAGGCGAAAAUUGGGCAUCAAAAGAAUGAAUAUCGUCAGUGGAUUACAAGUCAAGUUAGUGAAUUAUUUCAAUCCAGUCCAGUUUCAACGCCACUGGGCAAUCGUUCGUCUAUGUUCAUUUCCCAACAACCAUCAAUGGAGGAAAGUUUUACCAUACAUUUGGGAUCCCAACUGAAGCAUAUGCAUAAUAUUCGUAUAUUGAGUGCUAACGUCAAUGAUUUGUGCAGUCCAUUGCAUGCAGAUGAAAGUUUAAAUGGCCUCAAUAUGGCUUUGGGUCUCUACUCUAGUUCCCUAUGCGGCGUUGUUGUUUUAACGCCAUCAGUGCAGGCACAAGCUAAUAAAGACAUAAUUAAAAAUGCUAAUAUGUCAACAGAAUUUCAUUUUAAUCAGAUUGAUGACCAACUUGAAAAAAUUGAACAGCAAAUUCGCCAAUUGAAUCUCCUCAACUCUUCAUCUACUCCCAGUACUAAAAGUUUAAGUACAGUUAGUACUGAUGUUAGUAUUGGCAGUACAGAGGGUGGUGAGAAAGAUGUCAUCGUCUCUGGUGUCAUAAAUCCAUCGGUUCAAAGUAGUGCUAGUAACUCACCCGUUAAGACUAGUGCAAAAUUAAAAACUGGCGACUUUUUCAUUACUAAACAUUCCAAUCUAUCGCAGUCGCAUGUUAUCUUCCACUUAAUCUCAGAUGAACCAAUAAAUUCUCCAAGUGAAAUUAACUCAAGACAUCCUGUGAUAUUGGGUUUACGCAACAUCCUCAAGACAGCAAGUCGCCAUGAUGUUACAACUCUAACAAUACCGGCUUUAUUGCGACAUGAAAUGUCUGAAGAUAUGACGGUGCAAUGGUGCAUGCGUCGUGCUGAAUUGGUAUUUAAAUGUGCUAAGGGUUUUAUGAUAGAAUCGGCAUCUUGGGGUGGCGCUGAACUGAGCACCCUCCAGUUGUUAUUGCCUCACGAUAUAUCCGAAGAGCUAUUCAACACAUUAGCAAGUAUGGUUCCCAAUGUAUUUCGCGUGGCGAAUCCUAAAAUACUAGUUGAUAAUUCCAAAUAAAUCAAGAAAAUUGUAAUUUUUAAUGUUCGUUUAUUUAAACUCGAAAAUGUUUAUAUAUAUAUGGGUGUUUAUAUUUCGUUUAGGUUUUUAUAGCAUCUUGCUUUUGUCAUCAAAUAUUAUGUUUAAUCCUUCAAAAAGAAGUAAACACUUUUCAACACAUUCACAAUCAAAAAUUCCUGUAAAUUUCAUUCGUUCAUUAUAUGUAGUUAUUUUUUUAUAAUUAAUGAAUACAAUUAAAUUAUGCUCUGUUCUUUUGCUGUUAAAUAUACAUACGUUACUAUUCAAUGAAUAAUACCAAA